AUUUAAGAAGGUAUCUUUUAUUUAAUACGGAAAUGGAGGGACAAGACAAAAAUAUAAAGACGGUAUCUUUUCCGAUCUGAUGUGGACAAGCACAAUUAGAAAAAUGCUGUCCAGUUCUUGCUCUCCUUCCCGACUCCUUCUACCUCAGGCAGGUCGUAUCCAUAUUGUUUCCUUCUAUUCUAUGUAUAAGAUAGCAUCAUUCAUAAAGUUCCUCCUUUUCUCUCUAUCUGACUGAUACGCUACAGCUCCAUCUUAAUUUCUUCUGAGAGCUUCAAGUUCCAGUUUCCCAAUGGCGGCUACCCUUCAAGGUUUUCAAUCAUUUUUAAAACGGGUUCCUUCUGAAAUUUCUUGUUUACGAAUCUGGAAAUUCAUUUAAUCUCACAUUUUUGUAAUUGACCUGAUGCGCGGUUAAAUAAUGGCGUCUGCAGACGGAGCACGGGAGCCCCUGCUGCUAGCGCCUCCGUCAAUCGGCGGCCCGAAAAUCGAGGUGAGGGGUCUGAGCAAGGUAUCGGACAAGGAGGUCAGGAUUCUGAACAAAGUCAACGCGGACAUCCAGAGGGGAACGAUAAUGGGAGUAAUCGGGCCGAGCGGAAGCGGGAAGUCCACUUUCCUGCGGGCCCUUAACCGCCUCUGGGAGCCCCUUUCCGGCACCGUUUUCUUGGACGGCGUCGACAUUUGCGACCUCGACGUCCUCAAACUCCGCCGCAAAGUCGGCAUGCUUUUCCAGCUUCCUGCCCUAUUUGAAGGAACUGUAGCAGACAACGUGAGAUAUGGGCCUCAACUGAAAGGGACAAAGCUAAGUGAUGCUGAAGUCUACAAAUUACUCUCUCUUGCUGACCUUGACCCUUCGUUCUACUCCAAAUCGGGUGGCGAAUUAUCGGUUGGCCAAGCUCAGAGAGUUGCUCUAGCAAGAACCUUGGCCAAUGAGCCCGAGGUUUUGUUGCUGGACGAGCCAACGAGUGCAUUGGAUCCAAUAUCGACUCAGAACAUAGAAGAUGUUCUGGUGAAGCUGAAGAAAGAUCGGGGAAUGACUAUUGUUAUGGUGUCUCAUAGCAUUAAACAGAUUCAGAGGAUUGCGGAUUUAGUGUGCCUUCUUGUGGAUGGUGAGAUUGUCGAGAUUUUGGAACCUAAUAAGCUCUCUGAAGCUAAGCAUCCUAUGGCCAAAACUUUUCUUGAGCUCAGCUCUUGAUGUUCUGUUUAUUGAUUUUUUUAUACUUGGUUUCUUCUUGCUUUUUUCUUUCUGAAUGUGAACAUCACAGAGCAGAGUUGUGUACUUGUGAUGAAAGUUAAUGUAUUGUGUUUUUGCUUAGAUUUGAUUGGCAGCCGAGUUAAUAAAUAAAGCUCUUUUCAACUACGGUGAGCUGAUUUUUCUGUUGCUAGUACAAGUUUGUGCAGAAAUCUGCAGUGCUGCAGCCUCUGAUAUAUUAUUAGCACACGAAUAGAAUUAUAACCAAAAAAUUAGAAUAGGAACAUGCAAAAACCAGGAUGAAACACUAGAAUUCCUAAUAACCACUUAAAGUUGAACAAAAACAAAAAAACAUCUAUUUGCCAAAAAGAAAGCCGAGCUUUAUUAGAAU